AUGUUAAUUCCGCCACGAACAGCUAUUUUUCUAUUAAUCAAACGCUCUUCUAGUACAUAUUAUAAAAAAUUCAUCAAAGUUUAUCGUUAUAGUGUAGUUAAUCCUUACAAAAAUCUGUUCAAUAUGGAAACAAAUAAAACAACAUCAAAUUAUUGUUAUGUAUUCAAUAAAGAUGAUGAUAAAAUUCUUAUUCAAAUAAAUUAUGAAUUUUUUAAUGAAAAGAAAAAUGUUGUACGACAAUUUACCUUACUACGUGAUAUGAAUGAAUCUGUUUCACAUACAAUCAAACGUUUAACAAAUAAUAUCGAUAAAGCAACGUCAAAACGAUCAAAAUCUAAAAAAAAGUCAAAAGAAACUGCAGAAGAAGAAACAUCGUCUACUGUUAAUAUUCGACUAUUAGAUAAAAAUGAAUCGCUUAUUGAUGGAAAUCUUUUAAAUAAAGACGUAUGGACAAAAUGUAAAAAAUUAUUAAUUAAUGAUCAAUGUUAUCUUAUUGAAAUUAAUGCACCAGCAAUUCACAAAUUUGAAGCAAGAUAUAAUUGA